ACCCUACCACCCAUAUAUAUCAUUAUGUAUCCAAUACCCCUUUUACGCUGUGUGAUGAUAUCUUCAUUUCAUCUUAUACCAACUUUCUUCCUCCUUCUUAUCCCCACAUAAUUCUCCUUCUAACCCAAGAUUGAGGCAGGAUUUUAGGAGGAAAAAUAGUUGUUUGAACUAUACUAAUUACAUAUUUAUGGACUAAUGUCUGAAGACAUGAAUCUAUCUGUAAACGGCCAGUCUCAGGUCCCUCCAGGUUUUCGAUUCCACCCAACUGAAGAGGAGCUUCUUCACUACUAUUUGAGGAAGAAAGUGGCCUCUGAGAAGAUAGAUCUCGACGUUAUUCGUGACGUUGAUCUUAAUAAGCUCGAGCCAUGGGAUAUUCAAGAGCGAUGCAAAAUAGGAUCCACCCCACAAAAUGAUUGGUACUUCUUCAGUCACAAAGACAAGAAAUACCCAACAGGGACUAGGACCAACCGUGCCACUGCAGCUGGGUUCUGGAAGGCCACGGGUCGCGAUAAGGCCAUCUACAGCAGUUUUAGAAGGAUUGGGAUGAGGAAGACUCUCGUCUUCUACAAAGGACGAGCACCACAUGGACAAAAAUCGGAUUGGAUCAUGCAUGAAUAUAGACUAGAAGACAACAAUACUACUACCCACUACGCCAGUGCCUCUAACUUGAUAGGAGAGUCUGCGUCUGAAGACGGGUGGGUGGUUUGCCGUGUUUUCAAGAAGAAAAAUUACCAUAAGGUUCUAGAUAGUCCUCAAAGCUCAUCUACCUCUAUGGGUGUGACACAGAUGAUGAAUUCGGGUAAUAAAGAUGAUCAUGUACUAGAUCAGAUACUUGUGUACAUGGGAAGGCCUUGCAAAGAGGAAAAUGAAGCAAUAGGGAACAUCAACAUGAUAAAAAGCGACAAUAGUAUGCAAUUUCUGACCCCAAUUAUCACCACAGCCAUUGGCUAUGAGUUCCCGACCGGUAGAUUUGCCCAUCUGCCAAGGUUAGAGAGCACUCCAACAAUGCCAUCAAUUGAUGAGAUGAUCACAGAAAACAGUACUGAUCAUCAUCGUGGCACUACUUCUUACAAGACAAACAUGGUUGAUGGUCACCAAAAUGAUGGACUUACAGACUGGGCUGCGCUUGACCGCCUUGUGGCUUCACAGCUCAAUGGUCCUGUAGAGGGAUCCAAGAAAUUGUCUAGCUAUGGUGAGCCCAACGAUGAUUUCUCCUUUUCCAUUGAUGAUGAUGAUCUACAUGUACCUCAUUUAGGUUCUAAUAGACCAAACCAAGCUUCUCAAGCCUAUAGCAGCGAGAUUGAUUUGUGGAGCUUCACACGAUCAAUGUCUUCAUCCUCAUCUGACCCACUAGGCCACUUUUCCGUAUAACAGCUAGAAGUAAUCAAGCUAUCAUACAUAUAUACAUACAUAUAUAUAUAUAUAUGUUAUAGCUAGCAUUUCCUGAAGUCAAAUAACAUGUGAUUGAUAUACAUGAUGUUACAUAAAUAAAGGGAGUGAUAUCUUAGAUGGGUGGCAUUGUCAACAAGAUCAUAUCCUUACAUAAUAACGAUAUCUUCCAUUUCAUUAUUGUUAUGAUCUAGUAAUAUCUUUCUAUCUGUAAUCAUGUUCUGAGGGUUGAGAGAAAUCCUCAAAUGUACUGCGGUAGAAAAGCUUGACCAUGUUAGAUUAUAUAUAAUUAAACUAAGCUUUUCUGUAUAAUUUAAUAGAACUUUUGAUUGAUGCUGGAGAAAAUAGGGUUGCAUGUA